ACGGCCGCCUAUUGUCAAUGGCCCAAUGCCAGCACGGCCACUGGUUGCACUCCUGGAUGGACGAGAUUGCACUGUGGAGAUGCCCAUCUUGAAGGAUGUUGCUACGGUGGCAUUUUGUGAUGCUCAGUCAACUCAGGAAAUCCAUGAAAAGGUGCUGAAUGAGGCAGUAGGCGCUCUGAUGUAUCACACCAUUACCCUUUCUCGUCAGGAUCUGGAGAAAUUCAAAGCUCUCAGGGUCAUUGUGCGUAUUGGGAGUGGCUAUGACAAUGUUGACAUCAAAUCUGCUGCAGAAUUAGGCAUUGCAGUUUGCAACAUCCCUUCCUCCUCAGUAGAGGAGACUGCUGACUCCACCCUCUGCCACAUCUUGAACCUCUAUCGCCGUGUUACUUGGCUGCAUCAGGCUAUGCGGGAAGGGAAUCGAGCCUCGAGUGUAGAACAGAUUCGAGAGGUGGCUGGAGGCGCUGUGCGUAUCCGUGGGGAGACUUUGGGCAUCAUUGGAUUAGGCCGAGUUGGACAGGCAGUGGCUCUGCGAGCCAAGUCCUUUGGCUUCAACGUGAUUUUCUAUGAUCCCUAUCUGCCGGAUGGAGUGGAGCGAUCCUUGGGUUUACAACGAGUAGGAACCCUGCAGGAUCUACUAAUGCACAGCGAUUGCAUCACAUUGCACUGCAGCCUGAAUGAACAUAACCAUCACCUCAUCAAUGACUUCACUAUUAAACAGAUGCGUCAGGGCUGCUUCUUAGUGAACACAGCCCGAGGAGGGCUGGUAGAUGAGAAAGCCUUAGCGCAAGCUUUGAAAGAGGGAAGAAUCAGAGGAACAGCAUUGGAUGUGCAUGAGUCUGAGCCUUUCAGCUUUGCUCAGGGGCCCUUAAAAGAUGCACCCAAUGUGAUCUGCACUCCUCACACUGCUUGGUACAGCGAGCAGGCUUCCAUUGAAUCCAGAGAAGAUGCAGCUAAAGAGAUCCGCAGAGCUAUUACAGGUCACAUACCUGAUGCUUUGAGGAACUGUGUUAAUAAGGAGUACUUGCUGUUAGCAGCUCAGUGGUCCAGUAUUGAUCCUGCAGCUGUCCACCCAGAACUCAACGGAGCUGCAGCCUACAGGUUUCCUCCGGGAGUAGUGGGAGUAGCCACCCCUGGGCUACCAGAACCACCAGUAGUGGAGGGGAUUGUAGCUCAUGGGAUCCCUCCCGUUUCUCACUCUGCACCGACUACCCCUUCCCCAGGAGAGACGAGCAAACUGGAUGCAGACAGAGAAAUUCCUGCAAAAAAAGUCUUUCUCUCCUCUAGCAGCAGAAAAAAGUAGGAGGGUAUCUCCUCCUAGGACCUUCUUUAACACCCUACAGAGACUGUUUCCUGUUCAUACAGGAUGGGAGAAUGCAUUUCAUUACUGGCAAACUUUAGCUCUUGCCUUUAUUUUGUAACCCUUUAGUUUUAAUCUCUCAAUGAAUCUUUCUCCUUCUCUGGGGCAGGGCAGCAGUGACCUUGCCUCCCCUCAGAAAUACUUGGUUUAAUGAAUGAGUUUUUCCAUAUAUCAGCUUUGGUUGUCUGUGACAGGGAACUGU